AUGGCUUACAACGAGAUCUACCAGUACUCGCUGGUCAACGCUCUCAUGAGCGGAGUGUCGGACUCGGGCAUCACAGUAGGGCAAUUAAUCGAAAAGGGCAACGUCGGGCUGGGAACCUUCGUGAAGAUGCGAGGAGAGCUUGUCCUUCUUGACGGCAAGGUCUAUCAGUUGCAGGCCGAGGGCAAUGUUCGUGUGGCGGACUCUGAGGAACAGCUCCCAUACGCGGUUUGCACAAAUUUCAAACCCCAAGCCACGGUCAAGGCGACCCUCGACACCAAAGACUCCAUCGAUGGGGUUCUGGAAAAGUUCAACAACCAUGCAAGUAAUCUGUUCAUGGCUUAUCGCAUAGAGGGAGUCUUCAAGAGGUUAAAGUGCAGAACUGUCAAGGGCCAGGAGUAUGACGGUCAGCCCCUCGCUGAGCUUGGAAAAACCCAAUAUGUCUCCAACCAUGACAAUAUCGAAGGUACGAUUGUUGGUUUUCGCACACCUGAAGCCUGGCAGGGGUUCUUCGUCGCUGGCGAACACAUGCACUUCAUCUCGAAAGACCGCAAAUUAGGCGGGCAUGUCUUGGAGUUAAGUGGUGCAGAGGUUACGAUGGGGAUCGCGACGAUAAACAACUUGCAUCUUGAGUUACCAACGAGCGAAAAAUUCAAUGCAGCGAAGAUGUCGACUGAUGACGUGGGCCUGAAAUCUGUCGAAGGCUGA